AGCAAAAGAUGUAAUGUUCGUUCCUCACUCUUCCCUCAGUGCUGCCUUGCCCUUUGCGGAGGUUGAGAAGUGUGAACACAUCCUGUUUAUCUCAGCAGCACCACUACCGUGCUGGGUUCAGUGGCAGCAGUGCAGACAGAGCUGGCCCCGCCAUGGAAGCGCUGCCCAUCUACCAUGGGGGCAUCACUCGCGAGACUGGGGAGAAGCUGCUGCUGGCGGCGGGUGCUGAUGGCAGCUACCUGCUGCGGGACAGCGAGAGCAUCCCGGGGGUCUACUGCCUCUGUGUGCUGCACCAGGGUUACGUUUAUACCUACCGAGUAUCCAAGACAGAAACUGGGUCCUGGAGUGCUGAGACGGCACCCGGGGUUCACCGGCGGCUCUUCCGGAAAAUGCACAACCUCAUUUCAGCCUUCCAGAAACCCGACCAGGGCAUUGUUACACCCCUGAAGCAUCCGGUCGUCAACCAUGCGAAAGCCAGGUGUUCCCCAGGUAGAAAUGACGGUCGUGACUACCUGCAGCCAUCAUGAAGACAUUUCCCAGUGGAAUAGCCCUAGCUCCCAGUAGUGCCUUCAGUCCUGCUCUAGAACAGCACAAGCUAUGAUAGUUAGUACAACUCUGUGAGUUUUCUUGUAACAUUUGCUGAAAUGUGUUUCAUAAUAUUUCUCAAGCUCAAAGUUUAGAAGUGUUAGGUUUCAGAAUGUUUUUUUUUUUUUUUUUUUUUUUUUUGUAAGAGAUAAGACAAAAGCAUCAACUAUUAAAUGGUGUCAUAUCUUUUUUUCUUUUUUGCAGUUCUAAGUGCAAAAUGUUUUCUAUUCUCAAGACUAGUCGCUCUAUUUUACAUAAACUGACUUUCGACUCUUCUGUGCUUUCUUCUGUUAGGCAUUUAUGGACAAGACCCCUUUUGUAGGCUUACGAAAAUUGUUUAUAUCGAGUAUCCUUUCCUUGAACACAGACUUGGUGUCUGUGUGACUGUCAUACAGUUCCAAAAGGUAUUCCAGACAUGGCCUCGGGAGAAUCCCCACUAGCUGAUUUCCCAUCAUAUCAGGCUCUCUGCAAUCCAACCGAAACACUCAGUGCCUCCACGUACAAAAUUUCUAAUUUGCACAAAGAAUUGAAAGCUCAAGUAAUGUUCUGAGUAAAUGAGAACAAUUGCCAGUGGAGAACCUCAUACCUUUUAUUUUCUCUACUUGAAAAAAUCCCCACCACAUGUAAUUAAAAAGAAAUAUAUAUAUGUAUAUGUAUUUACACACUGUUUACUUUCAUUUCACUGUCAUGUGUUUUAGUAAGUUGCUGCUGGGCUCCUGUAGGAGAGACUUACACCUGGAGGACUUGUUGGCUUGCAGGGUUAGCACUGGGGUGCUGGAGCACUUGGCUGCUUGACUUGGUGAGCUGCCUGGGCUGGCCAGCAGUGGGGAACACUUCCCAACAGACUGGAUGUGCUGCAGCCCUCUUGGUUUGUGUUCUGUUACUGUUUCACCAGCAGAAAUGGGCCUAUCACAAAAGCACUCCCUUCAAAGCACACAGCUAAUGUUGAGUGCAAAUGGGUGGAAAAAAUAACCCCCCAAAACAAACAAUGUCUAUAAAUCUGCAAAGAAGGACAUGGUGUCCUGGUGGACAACAGGGUGGCCAUGAGUCAGCAGUGUGCUCUGGCAGCCAAGAAGGCCAACGGGACCCUAGAGUGCAUUACAGAGAGCAUGGCCAGCAGGGCGAGGGAGGUGAUCCUCCCCCUCUGCUCUGCCCUGGUGAGGUCACAUCUGGAAUGCUGUGUCCAGUUCUCCUUGGUUCAAAAAAGACAGGGAUCUACCUAGAAGGAGUCCAGAAGAGGGCCUGAAAGAUAAUGAAGGGCCUGAAGCAUCUCUCGUAUGAGGAAAAGUUGAGAGAUCUGGGGCUGUUCAGCCUGGGGAAAAGACAACUGAAGGGGGAUCUUAUUAAUGUUUAUAAAUAUGUAAAGGGAGGUGGGAGGCAAAUGGAUGAAGACAGGCUCUUCUUGAUGAUGUGUGGCAACAGGACAAGGAGUAAUGGCCUAGAACUUGAAUGUAGGAAGAAACACGUGGAAGUAAUGGUGACAGAACACUGGAACUGGUUGCCCAGAGAGAUGGUGGAGUCUCCUUCCAUGGAGGAGGUCAUGUUGCUUAAAUAUCUAAUGCUUGAAUGUUUCAUGCCUGUACUUCCAAUUUCUUCUGCACAGCUUGGGAAGCUGGAAAUUUCUGAGAAGAUGUAGUGAGCUUUUCCAAAACCACCAGGCUGCAGGCUUAGGAGAGCAGGACAGAUCAAAUCCCACCAGAAUGGGCCAAGCUGUGAACUAGGGGAAUGGGAAGAGGCAGGGCUGCAGCCGUCUUUGUAGCAUCAGGCUACACUGGGGGGGCAUCACCCAAUCCUUCUAUCAAGCAGGCAGACAGAAUUUCUUAAUCCAUUUAGUUGUCUUGUCCCAGAUUCUGGCUUGCUGUCACUUCACUGAAAAGGAAACAGUGAAGAGUUAAAUGGGCGGCAAGAACAGGCACUCGGCAAGGUUCAGCACCUUGAAGCAGCAUUUUAGUUUGGAUUUGAUAAGGCUGCAAGUUUUAUCUUUUAUUUUAUUUUGUUCCUAUAAGUGGCCGGGUGUGUAUGAAAGAGAAUGAGAGAGAGAGAGAAAGUGCAGCAAUAAAACAUUCAACAUGAAGCAGAAAAUGCUCCUUGUAAACCCUCAAUGGGAGUAAAUGCAAUAAAUAAACAGCUGUGUGAUAACAGGAAGCGGUGGACAAUGCAGUUGCAAAUUUGUGACGAUUGCUGUUCAUUACUCAAUGUCUGUCUAAAUUAAGGCCACAUUUCAUAUGUAGUGAAAUGUCCUGCCUCCCCACCCCUCCCCUUUGCAUUGUAUUUUACUCUCUGUGUACGUUUUGCUCCAUGUCUCCCUGCUACUUAUGCUGAUUGGUUGAAGCAAGGGUCUUGUUUUCAUACACUGCCAUACAGUGACAGAUUCAGCAUGAUUUACUCCUUAAUAAAAUAUUUAAAAGCUG